CGACGGUGUGAACUGAUCCUUUCGAUUUGACUCACCAGUGCUUCCUCUCCUGUGACGCCAUGCGGGAAGAGCUCAGCCGGAGCACGGUGGUGGGCGGGGUCCGUGUGGAUGCGGCCAUUCAGCAGGUGGAGGAUGAGCUUUCCAAGUGGCAGUGCAACAAGUAUACUCACAUCACUCGGGCGGUGCAAAUGCUCGAGCAGAAGGUCAUUAAGCUGGAGACGAUUUUCAGUCGCCCGGCACAAGAUUGUCCGGUGCCGGUGGCUGUGGUCUUCGUGUACUUCCACUUGGACACCUCCACCGGCGCCUUGACCUACCAGUUCGAGGAGGAGAACGUUCAACAUGAGGUGAGCGGACAAAGCUUAGCUCCUGGGAUGUACGAAUGCUGGCUCGACCGCAUCAUCGGGGACAAGUUGCAGGUGCGGCAGCUCCACGAUUUGGCGACCUCCUUCGAACAGACUCGCCUGGUUCCACCUCCACACAUUGAAGAAGCGGAGGUCACAGUGGAGGACGCAAGCGGGCCACAUGCGCCCGGCCACGUGGCCGCUGAUGUGGCCGCUGUUCCCAGCGCUGGAGCCGGUGUACCAGUUGCUCCCGCGGAGGAUCCAGCGGUGGAGCUGGAUUUGAGCACCUUGUUGGCCAACAUCUUUGAUGCGGCGGACGAGGAGAAUGAGCUCGAGCUCCGACACAAGGAGGUCGCUGAUCUGCUCUAUGCCACACCCUUGGGGUUGACGGAUUGGGACAUCAAGUUGCUUUUGACCAGAGCGACAGAGUUCGAGACCGGAAGGAUCGAGUACCAGCCCUUCGUGUCGGCGGCGCCGGAGAUCAUCGAGGGGCUCCGGCAGCGGCGCAGUGCCUUUGAGAGCCGGAAGGUCGCGGAUGCCGCGCCGGUGACCAUGGAGGCCAUCGAGCUCUGCUUCGGUGAGGAGAUCGAGGAAGUGGCGAGGACCAUGCGAGAAGCGUUUGGACAGCACGACCCGGCCAGCCAGGGGACGCUGACGCGGCACGAGUUUCGAUCCUGCUUGAUGUCCAAGAUGGAACGGCUCUCGCUGCAAGAGGUGCAGAUGCUGAUGCAGAUGUGCCGAGAAGAUGAACAGGGCAAUGUCUUAGUCUAUGAGGAAUUCCCCAUGCUCUUGCAACAGCUGCGCAUUGAUGCCUUGCACAAUGCCCUGGUGGAGACGGACGUGGGCGCCCUGAGGAUUCAUCUCAUUCUCUUGGCCCGACGCAUGGGUUUGCCCAGCGACAACAUUUUGCCGGUUUGGGACCUCCGGAAGAUCCUCUUGGCAGCAGACCAGCUCUGCUUGUCACGAAUGCAAAUCCAUGUGAUCCUGAGCAUCGUCCAUCCGGAUGAGCAUGGGGAUGUGGAAUUUGGCUACUUCUUGCGGGUUUGCUGCACGGUGAUCCCAUGGAUGUUCGACACCAACGCCUUCGCGGAAAAGGCGGCGACGAUCGCCAAGGAGAAGGCGGAUGCGCUGGCGAAGCAGGAGUUGGAAGAGCUCCAAGGCUUAAGCAGCAGCUUAGCCAACAAGAAACGGGGUAUGGACGAGGAGGAUCAAGAGGAUCAGCAACAGAACGCACCUGACCGGGACGCCGUGGAGAAGAGUUUGAUCCACGUGGGAACCCAGGCGGAUGAUAAGCAUCGGAAUCCGCCCACCUUGGAGGUGAGGAAAUUCUUGGAGGCCAUGAAGCAGGAGUCCGAGAAGUGCCAGCUCAGCGAGGCCGAGCUCCGCGGCUUCGUCGCCGAGGCGGAGAUCGACGCCGGCGGCGACGUGGCCUACGUGGACCACAUCAAGACCUGGGUGCCCAUCCUCUUUGAGCUCAGGAAGUCCAUCAUCUACGAUGGCAUCCUGGCCAUGGAGUGGGGCCCCACCAGCGAGGAGCUGGUGAAUUUGUCCGCCUACGAGGCGCAGUUUCCACUCCAUGCGCCGGGAGCGGAGACUGGAGAGGAUCGGAAGAAGAGGAGCGGCAAGCCCAAUAGUCGCAGCAGCAGCCGCACGGGCCGCUCCGAAAGCCAAAGCUCGUUGGGUUCCGCCCGCAGCCGCAGUGGCUCCCGCGGCUCGCGGGCCUCUCGACGGUAGUUGCUGUCGAAGAGCGGCAGCCAAGUGGACCAUGGAGGGUCAAACAGUGGAGCCAUGGUGCAG